UCUCACGGCCCCUCUGUCCCUCCUCCCGCGAAGCCGCAUGGGCCGCAUGUCUUGAGGUGGCGCGGGAUUUCGUGUUUUGACUGCACGCAAACAUGAUUUCUACCGAAGACAUUCUCUCUCUCAGUUCGUGCAAAUCACUAAGCGAUGUGAAAGAAUUAGACCUGAGCAAUAGGGACCUUAAAGUGUUGGACCCAUGCUGCUUUAAGGGACUGAAAAACUUGGAGAGCCUCGAUGUGUCAAGAAAUUCGCUCAGAGAUAUCCCCAACCUUGGCCUUCCCAAACUUCGGUGCUUGAAUGUGGAGGAGAAUUUGAUCAAUGACUUGGCCUUUCUAAAGGACUACAGUGAAUUAACUGAGCUGUUGGUUGCUGGUAAUCCCAUCCUUUCAGCCGACAAGAACAUUGCCGUAUCACUCCUUCCCAAGUUGGUUCUGUUGGACGGAGCCGACUGUCAGCCUCUGAGGAAACUUGAAGCCCUCGGCGACAAGAAACUGUUGCCUCAGAUUUCUCGAAUCUGGGAAUCCACAUUCAAGGACAAUCUUGUUCCUGGAGCCAGUGAUGAAGAAGUCGGAACCGUGAAGAAAGAUUUUUUGAGGCACCUGAGAAGAACGCAUUUUGAAUGCAAUGAAUUUUCAGUUAAGUUCAAGAAAUUUAAGGUGGAAACUCUUGGGGGAGAGCUGUUUGAAGAGGAAGUGCAACGAAUUCGUGCCAAAGCCUCAAGCACCCCAAAGAAGAAGCCAGACAGGCUCAAGUCCUCAGAGAAGCCUGGUUCUCCUUUUAGGAGAGUCGUGUCUACCAUAAAGGUUGAACACGAUUGUGAGCCUGUCAGAAGCAAAUCUAUCGUAGAUGGCUCUGACAUAAUCGUGAGCUCUCCCCGACGCGGGACACGAGGUUUGAAUAAAUCGGCCGAAGUUGAUGGAUUGAAUGGCUCCCCUCGAAAGCGAGUUGCAUCUCCAAGGAAAAUCCUGCUCCUUGAGGAUCGUAAACCUGUGCCAAGCAUAUCCAGCUUAGAUGCAGACAGCAGAAAUGCAAGCUUGCCUCAAGCUGGUACAGGUGAAUUGAAUGGGUCAGCAAAAAAUGGCUCGUUUGAUAAGGUGCAACGGCCAUGUACGCCAAGGAAAAAGCUGAAAUAUGAAGUUGCUCCUUCAAAGGAGGAAAAGGGAAGUGUGAAAGGGGCUGAAGCGCACAUAUUUCUUCGUGGCCAUUCUCAAGACCCUGGCGACUCCGUAACUCAAGUGUGGCAGGCCGCCUUUCAACCAGAGAGUGGAGAAAAUGAUCUCUCACCCAACAUUGUUGCUACUUGCGGUGGUAGGGUUGUGAACUUUAUCGACUGCAGCACAGGAACUAUUGUGAAACGCUACAAGAGUGCCAACCUCAAGGAGGAGUUUUUCUGCCUGGCAUGGACAGUGCUGCCCAUUGGCGGGCACCCCAGUGCCGUGCUCGCCGUGGCGGGCAAGGCACACGAUGUGAACCUCAUCCACCCUGAGCAGCUUGUCUGCUACAAGUUGUUCGAGGCGCACAGCAAGUACAUCAACUGCCUGCUCUUCUGCCCCAACCAGCCUACGUGGCUGCUCAGUGGAAGCAUUGAUGACAACAUUCACCUAUGGGACAUUGGCUUGCCCAAAGCACCUGGCUACCAAACAAAAGUUGUGAACCUGCUCACCCUGAAACCAAAGUGCGAAAUUCUCCAACUGUGUGUCAGCACUCAGAAUGAGCUGCUCCUGGCUGCCUGCCAUGGUGGCCUGUUUGGCUGGAAGUUUGACCAAAAGUCGCUUGUGAAAGUUGACAGGUCACCAAACAUAGAGUUCUGCUUGCCAACAAAAGAUGGAGCCUCCAUCGAAGAGGAGCCUGUUGUUGAUGGCUUGGUGCUGAUCGAAGAUGACAUGAUCGUCAGCAAGUGUUCCAACAGUGGCAUGAUUGGCAUGUGGAAGCUGUCCAAUCAUGUGGCUUCCAUCAGAAAGUUCUCCCAGAAACUGCAGAAAGUCAAAGUGGAGUACAGGAGCACAUUUCUCUGGAGUGACACCAAGGUUGACUACUUUUACCCAUCAGCCACGGCUGAUGUUAUUGCCUGCGGUGACGACACUGGGACCAUAUGGUUGUACAACGUUGGAAAAAAAGGGGCAACAUUGGUGAAGCCCGUGGCGAAGCUGACAUGGCCCGACAAACUUGAGUGCAGUGACCAAGUCUCCGUGAAAAAAAAGGAUGGAAAGGUUAAUACAAAUUCAGUAAGGCUAAGUUCUGAUGGCGACUACAUGGUAGCGUGCACAGAUAUCAACAUUGUGUGCAUAUGGAGGAUCACACGAUAGACCACCACUAUUUUAGCAGGAGACUGCACUAUCACCAGAUCUUGCAUCAGAUGGUGAAAUCAUCAUAUUAUUUUUUUAUUCAUCAUCUCAUCAAAUAAAACAGCACCCACAUA